GUCCACACGCCCACUUUUGCUGCGACGGCGAAAUUAUGCAAGAAUAAGCUAUUUUUGGACGGGCAGCUCUUUUAUUGCAAGAUGGGUUUGACUGGAUAAUUCAUGGAACGCAUUAUUUGACUUAAAAGCGCAAUCUCAUUUUACUUCAAUGACAGUUUAAUAAUGUCUAUCAGCCUUCCAUAGGUGGCUUCGUUAUUCUACAAAUUAUAUUUUCUGAAAGAAAAAUAGGUAAUAAUCAAAGUUCUGUUUGAUUCAUUGAUUUAUAUCUAUAAAGGGGUAAAAGCGUGAAAUUGAAUUUUAAAAACAAAUCUGCUGCAUUUUACUUUGUAAAAGGAUCACGUUUUACUCUUGCGCACUCUUCAUAAUAUCAAUUUAAAUUAUUCACUCAAAUUCUACACACUCGUCCCACUGAAAUUCAUUUUUAUUAGAAAAGAAACAUACGUAACGAAACUUCUUCUGGAUGGGCAACAUUUUAUAAUAAAGGGGUAAGUGAGCUUUUGAAAUUUAAAGUUCAGUCUGCGGCAUUCUAUCAGGUAUACUGAUUGUGAGACUGCUGCGCUGCUUUCCUUGUUUUCUGGCAAGGCCUAUGUCGUUGGCGCCAACUGGUGGUUGAAAUGGCGUACUACAGCCAAAAACCAUCUUUCUGUUCGAAAUGUAGCAGCCAACAAGAACAAGGGGGAACACCUGGCGGCGAGACCGAUAAAGCUCUAGCUGGGCCAGAUAGAGGGCCAAGAUCUUGAUUGGUGGCCACGGUCACGUGACUUAUAGCUCUCUUUCCUCGCGGCUCACAUAUGAAUUAUCAAAACAAAGAAAUAGAGCACACCGCACACCGCAUGUUUUUCGGCUUUGAAAAUUAAAGGAAAGCGAUGCACUUGAUGCGCCAAGAAGAAUUAAAUUGGUGUCUGAUUGCGCAGUUAUGGGAUGUGAUUUCAAUCGCCAUAAUAAAAAUUAUUACAAACCUGGAAUUCAGAGACAUUAUUUUCCAAAAAAACAAGCUGCUCUGCUUAAAAUGGAUGGCAUUCUGUCAGAAUCCAUUCAUCAAGGACAAAACACCAGAAGAAUUGUCAGCGAAACAAUCUUACUUCAUCUGCAGCCAACAUUUUGACGCCCUCGAUUAUUAUGUUAAAAAAUCAGAUAUCGUUGAGAAUCCUGCUCCAAGACUGCAUAGAUCAAGGGCCAUCCCCAAAACCUCAGGACCAAGUGUUGUUGAUGUCGACGGUUCAAUUAUUAGUCCAAUCAAACCACCUGCUAAUGAGUAUGCAGCUCGCAUGAUUGGAUUGAAACCCUCGGCCCAAGUCGAAAGUGACGAAGAGGAGGACGACUGGCAGUACAGAGACGCCCAAGAAAGCUUCAACGAGAUUGAGGCUGCAUUCAGAGAAAAUGAGGAGGAAGGAGAGCAAUUUUUCCCGAAGCCCUUGCCGAAACCAGCUCCAAAACCGAAUAAGGUGCUAAAAAUUCAGAAUGGACUAUUCGAGGACAUGGGAGGAAGAUUUGAGGGCAAAAAGGUCCCAGAAUACAAAAAAUUACCCGAGGACGUCAAAAGGUUAAGGAGCAAGGUUCACAAUCUACAGCGUAUCAACAACAGGUUGAAGAAAGCUGCCGAAAAAAGGAAACCAACCAGGAAGCAGCAAAGAGUUGAUGCUAUUGAGUAUCUAAAAACUAUUUUAAACCCAGUCCAAUUUGAACAAGUCUUUUGUCUAAUCACUAACUCUUCCAGAAGUAGACGAGGGCGGAGAUACACCCUGCAGAUGAAAAUUAUUUGCCUUGGACUGUACCUCUUUGACCUCUUUGCCCCCAGACCCGUCCUCGAUCAAGUACAGUCAGUGGCAGCAGCACCCCAAGCCCAAACAACACUGGCCCAAACAGCCCCUCGACUAGUCGGAUCGUAUUUGUUUACCCAGGCAGCCGCCCUCGAACACAAUCCUUCUCUACCCCACCGAGCAGCUCAUCACCUCUGAGCCGUCCUACAAUUCGACCCUCGGCCACACCAAGCCUGCAGCCACUAGUCACCAUUCGUCCUCGCACCACAUCAGUUGGAUCUAGUCCUCUCCUGAUUCAAACUGUAGACGACCAGCAACGAGUGAUCCGUGUCGUACAUCGGUCUGGACAACCCCAACAAGAAAAUCUUCCAGUUAUGAAGAAGUGAGCAGACUAAAAGUUGAACAAUAAAAUAUAUGUAAUAUAUAGUAUGGUGAUUAAAUAUUAUAUUAUUUUUAUAUUACAUAAUUAUACAUUAAUUAUAUUAUAAUUAUAUAAUGAAAUUAUUUACUGAUAUUUAUUAAUUAUUAAAAGAAAUCAAUAUAUCGCAAUAUAUUGUAUAAAUUUUGCACAACUUUAAAAUUAUGUCCAACUGUUGUUAUAAUUUUUUUAAGAGAGUUUAUAAACUGCAAGAAAAGAAAAGAAAAUUUU